AGAUUAGUGUGUGGAGUAUUCAUUGAACACUAUUUAUUUUGAAUUGAUCUUCAAAUCAUAACAAAUUCGUCACAUUGGCAAAUUGAACAUAUAGAAAUUGUAUUGUUUUUUAGUUGUUCAUAAUGCGAUUUGAAUUUUUUCUCUAGAAUCAAUAUAUAAUCCUUAGUGACUGCCCGAAGGUCCGACCCACAAAUUCACUAAGUAAACAUGUUGGCAAAAAUGAAAGCUAGUACUGAGCAAGAGCUCGAAAAGAAGACAGCGGAUUUCGAGAGAAAACCCGCCCCUUCUGGAGACCGCAAACAGAGUUACGUAGAACGGAAGGGGAGUGUUAGUGAAAAAAGAAGAAACAGCGUUGCACCAAUGCCUAAAAAACCGAUAACGGGUGGCAAAGCCGCCCAGCAGAUGGGUCAUUCCCUGACCGGAAUGUUGGCCACCAAAAAGUUCUUUAAGCGGUUUUCCAAAAGAGAAAGAACACUAUCGACAGUUACUGUUCCACCCAAGGAAUAUGAACCGACUUACCGAAUGGUUCCAAAACGGAAGUUUAAUCAACAGCACGUGCAUGAUGUUGUCAAAAAACUUGUGGACGAAAAGCUGGAUAAAAUGAUUUACAGCAAAAAAUGGUCACCCAAUCUAACAAAAAUUAUGUGUAACCAAAUUAAAGAGAAGAUAAAGACAUUGAAUUAUGAAAGGUACAAACUGAUUUGCAACGUAACACUUGGAGAAAAUAAAGGACCCGGUAUCAUGGCAACCAGUCGAUGCUCGUGGGAUCCGAAAACGGACGAUUUUGCUACUUAUUCCUUUCAGAGCAAACAUUUAUACUGCACAGUAACAGUUUUCGGUGUUUACAAGGAAUAAUGCCAAUUCUGUAAUAGUAAUGUACUACAUUAUAAUUCUGAUAUUGGUGAGGAUGACAUAACUGUGAUUAUGAUGAUCUUUUUUGAAUGUGAUAGUGUGCAAGCCUUUUAUUAUUGAAUACUAUUAUUUUUGGUGCAAAGAAAGACUUACUGGAAAAAUAAAAGAUUGACAGUACAUGUACAUAACAGAGUUGUGCUUAAGUGUUAGGUCUACAGACGUGCGUGCGAAAAUGAAAAGAAUGCUCUAAAUGCAAUAUUUAUAUUGCAGAUUUUCUUUUCAAUGAGAUUAUCUUUUUCUUAUAGUUUCAAAUUGUGGAGAUAGUGUCAUUGCAUUUAAACUUUGAAUGAAAUUAA